CGGCAGCUCGCCUCCUGGCGGCAGGGAGCCGCGGCGGCGCCUCGGAGCCGGCGGCGGCAGGCGGGUGAGUCCGUUCAGAGGUCUCCAUGAAGGAUGACUUGUUAUAAUCUCACAUCUUCGUAUCCAUAGACCUGACUUUUGGCAACAUGAUAUAUAGCAGAGGCACGAUUGGCUACCCCGGCUCCCCGCCUUGCCAGGGAUUGGCCAAGCCAGUAACCUCCUCUCUCUCAUCUUGCUGGGCACCCGUGCUCCUGGGCUGCAUCUCAUCCACGCUGACCCCUGAGGGACCGGAGGAUGCCCACACAUCAGCGCUUGAUUGAUAAGAUGAGGAGACACUUCUGCUUAGUUUUUUUGUUCUGUGGGAUAUUUUUGCCCAGAAUCCUUGGUUUUCCACAGACAAAUACUUCAAUUGAUUGCGAUUCUCUGUUACCAAACUAUGAAAAUGAACCACAGUCAUCUCCACCACCAUAUAUUAUUGCUGUAUCUUUUGAUAGCUUUGAACCAGGAAAUGAAAUCCAAGUGACCCUAGAAGCCCUCAAAGAUGUUGGGUUUAAAGAAUUUAAUCUACAAGCUCGAGAAACAGGAGGAGAUGUUCCUGUUGGUACUUUUAAAAUUACAGAUCCAAACACAAAAGGCUUGGGAUGUCAUAACAUCACGAAUUCAGCAGUAAGUCAUGCAAAUUCAGAUCUGAAGCAGAAAAUUACAACAACAUGGAUUGCUCCAAAUGAUGUUAGAGAUCUUCAGUUCAUUGCAACUGUUGUUCAAGAUCUGGAGAAAUUUUGGAUUGGAAUUGAAAGCAAAACUCUCACGUCUACACUUUCUAAGUCAGUUAAUGGGACAGGAAAAAGUAAAAGGAAGCUUAUGAUAGAAAUUGAAUGCAGCAAGCGUGGAGGGACUUACACAAGACAAGGUGGAUGUGUUGUGGUUCAACCUUCCGGUUCCUCUCAGAGCAGCUAUUCUAGUGGUCAAAGUGGAGCAGUCUACACAAUAAGCAAGAGCGGAUGUGUCCCAGGAGGUGCUGCCAAUGCAUAUAGCCAGAAUGCGUGUAAAGAUAGUGCAUCCUCAUAUGGCAGCCUCACCUAUGGCCAGUCAGUUCCUUCAAGUAGUUCAGAUUCCAGUAAGAAGGUAGUGGUCAUUCCCAACAGCAACCCAUUUCCACCUGUGCGUCAUACCUAUCCUCAGAGUCUGGGCAAUUCUGCUACUAAGAUCAUAAUACAGAGUGGACAAAGACAUCAGAGCAGCAGCAAUACUUAUGUUCAGGGUUCCCAAGGCAGCCAGUCCUAUGGCCAGAUCUCUCGGCUUCAACCUGGCGGUUCUUAUGGCCAGGUCUACCAGCCACAAGGAGGUACUUCCUAUGGCCAGGGUGGGCCAAGCUACACGAUCAGCAGCAGUUCUUAUGGACAGGGUUCCCAAGGCAGCCAGUCCUAUGGCCAGGUCUAUCAGCCUCAAGGUGGCACUUCCUAUGGCCAGCAGAGCGGAUCUCCUUCUUCAGGUGGCAGUGGAGGUUGUGGACAAGGUACUUCAUAUGAUAGCAAUCCCUGCCACCAGGAUGGAUCCCAGAGUGGUAGCCAGCAGGGCGAAUCAUCAUCCUCACAAAAUUAUGGUGUCAACCAGGGAGGAUCACAAAGCUAUGGCAGUGGCCAAGGUGGAUCAUAUUCACAAAACUAUGGUGGCAGCCAAGGUGGAUCAUCCUCUCAAAAUUAUGAUGGCAGCCAGGGUGGAUCAUCCUCACAAAACUAUGGUGGUGGCCAAGGUGGAUCAUCCUCCUCAGACACUUAUUAUGAUAGUCAGGAUUCACAGGAUUUCUCAGAUGAUAAUCCCAAUGCCUGUGAUGAUAAUGACACUACAUACAGUGCUAAUAGUCGGAGUUCUAGCUGUGUGAAGAGGAAAGUUGUUGUCAGAGAUACAUCACAUGUUUUGAGCAGAAGAGACUAUGAUGUCCAGAAUGAGUCCUCUACUUCAAAUAACAGCCACACUAACUACCAGGGUGGAUCAUUUAUUGCAACCAGUGGUGGAUCAAGUGGCCAGGGUGGUUGCAUUUGUCCUGAUGGAAGCAGCGGUGUUAGACAGGGAGCCCCAGGUUCUUCAUACAGCACAUAUUCUGGUAGCCAGGGAGGAUCUUCCUUCUACCCUGGAGGAUCCUAUGGACAGGGAGGGUCUUCCUUCUAUCCUGGAGGAUCUUACGGACAGGGAGGGUCUUCUGUAGAUGACAAUGGCAGUGAAUCCUAUGGUCAGGAUGGAUCUUCCACAUAUGGCGGUACUGGAUCUUAUGGUCAGGAUUCACCUUCCAUGGGAGUUAGUGAAUCUGAUUACAGUGAUUCCAGCUCGCCAUCUAACAACCGUCAGAGUGAACGGGAUUUUUAUUCCCCUGGAGGCAGCCAGUCAGGUGGACAUGGAUUAUCUUCUCAAGGUGGUGGCUACUCCAGUGGACAGGGCUCAUCCUCAUCAGGAAGCAACCAAUAUGGUGGGCAGGGUUCACCAUCAAGAGGCAGCCAAUCUGGUGGUCAGAGUGGAUGUGAUUGCUCUGGUGCAAGUUCUAGUGGAUCAUCUUCCUUACUCAGAAGUAAUUCAUCUUCAAAUGACACAUCUUAUUCUGGAGGAAGCCAUUACAGUAGCUAUGAUUCCAGCUCGCCAUCUAACAACCGUCAGAGUGAACGGGAGUCUUAUUCUUCUGGAGCUAGCCAAUAUGGUGGACAAGGAUCACCAUCUUAUGGAGGCAGCCAUUACAGUGGACAAGGUUCACCUUCCUCAGGAGGCAGCCAGUACGGAGGACAGGGUUCAUUUUCCUCAGGUGGCAGCCAAUAUGGAGGACAGGGCUAUUCUUCGGGAGGCAGCCAAUCUGGUGGUCAGGGUGGAUGUCAUUGUCCUGGUGGGAGUCCAGGCUCUUCUGGAGGAAGCAAUUACCAUGGUGGACAGGGUUCAUCUUAUUCUGGAAGCAGUCAGUAUGGAGGACAGGGAUCUUCUGCCUCAGGAAGCAGCCAGUAUGGUGGGCAGGGCUCAUCAUAUUCUGGAGGCCGACAACAUGGUAAACCAGGAUCCUCAGGAAGCACUUAUUCUGGGAAGCAGCAUCCGUCCUCCGCAGGGGGUAGUCAAGUGAGCUCUGCUGGGAAACACUCCAGUCCCCAACUCCUGCUGUUGUUCAGUGUUUUGAGUGCCUUCACGCUCUCUGCUGUUACAUCAAAAUGGUCUAUAUGAACAUCUGAAGAUGUGCUCGGCAUCCUAGACAUGGAUUAUAUGCAGUAAUAGUAGAUUAAUUAUUUAAUGUCAGAAAAAAAAAACCAUAAAGUCAUAUUGGCAGAUGUUACUUGGCUAUCAUGUUCCAUGUCUGGUUACUAUGUCAUGUCUUUCAUUAAUUUCUUUGGCUUUAGUCAUUAGUAGAUAUCAUUAGUUUUGUCAGUGUUCUAGGCAUCAUUUUAAGAGAGUGUAUUGUACCCUGUCUGAUUUUUUGAAAUUAUUUUUAUGUCCAGUGGAAAAUGUGAUGAACAACUACCUGAAAAUUGAUUGGUGUGAGAAACAAAUUCUCAGAAAAUACUUGGUUAGUAACCAAAACAGAAUGUCAAAAAAUGGUUUUAUUUGCAAACUGAGCACUGUCUCUGCCCCUCACCGCAUACAAUAAAGAUGACCUCUAACUUCUUGCAAGCAAUCCUCCAUGGGAUGGCAAAAAUAAAUUCACACUCAACAUGGAGGUUGCAAAGCAAAAAAAGCAAAUUUAAAAAAACACCACUGUGGGACUGAAAUUUGUGAGGUAUGAGAGCAUAUUUAUUAAAGAAGCCAAAAAUCCCAGAGCAAAGAAAUACUAAACUCUGUUGCCAUUGAUGACAAAUAAACUACAGCAGCUUGGAAGGAAGCACAGCCUGUACUAGGCCAACAGCCUGAAAGCUGCCGAAAAACGAUGCAUUUUCUCAUGGGAAGUAUUAGAAGUGUAAUUAAGUUCAUAAAACUGGUAGAGUCUUAGGGUUGGCUCCUUUUCUCAAGUGUUUUGUCUAGCUUGUGAUACCUGAUAUAGCUGCAAGUUUAAUUCCAAGAAUGAUGAUGAAAUCUACAAGCAGGUACAGGACAUGGGCACAAGAGGACCCUGGCCCAUCUUUGUCUUCAAGAGACGUGCCACAGCGUUCAGGGAAAUCUUCUGGAGCUGCUGCCUGUUGUUGAGGCAGUGACCACCUGAUGGGGCAGCAACUGCCUUCUGAACCAUACUGCUGGUUAAUGUCCUGAGGAAUGCAUGCCUAGUAUUAAAAUUGUAUUUGUCUCCUACAGUUUACAAUUAUGAUUCGUGAUAUUUCCAUUAUAUCCAUAUAUUUCCAUUAUGAAUUCCCAUGGAGGCAGCAUGUCAUCCAGUUUUGUCCCUCAUGUCAAAUACUGCACAGGACACACCAUUGCCAACCAUCUGUAAAUUAACCUAAAUCUCUGACAUCGUAAUUCUGGCAUGAAGGACUUUUGCCUAAAUAUGAUCUUCACCGUUGGGUUGACAGUUGUUUCUUUGGACUAUGCAAUAACGUUCUUUUAAUUUAAGUGUCCGAUCUGAACUGGCAUUGCACUUCUUUAAUAAACUAAUGGUGGAUUUCACACAAAA